GUUUCUGGAGAGGAAGACGGCGUAUUCUACAAAAAGUGCGAGGAAGAGUACGUAGCAAUAUUAGAAGAAGUUAAUAUGUACAAAGAUGAUGGAUUCGACCUGGUAUUUUCCUACACUUUCCCAAAAUGCGAUCUAGACGGCAGUUACCAAGCCGUGCAGGAAAAUUCGACUCACAAAAUAUGCGUAGACAAAGAAGGAAGCGUUCUUACCGCCGUGGACAAGAUAGAAAAUAAAACUUUAGCGGAUGCAAUGGACUGCAACUGUUUGAGGGCAAACCUCAUAAUCACAUCCGUGGAGAAACCUACAUGUGAAGUGAAUGGAAAUUAUUCUCCAAUACAAUGCAGAAGAGGAACAUGCAGAUGCGUCGAUAACAAUGGAAACCAAGUUUGCAAAAGCUCUGUGUGUGAAGUAGCAGAAAUAGACAGAGAUACUUUGAAAUGUUGAUAUACUACAGUUAAUUUAAAACAUAAUAAAUUGGAUUUUAUAACUUAUAUUUAUCUUAAACUUUUUACAAAACAUAUGUUAUUGUGCGUCUGUACACGAUAGUUACAUGACUAUAUUAAACAGUCCGUUUUUA